GCCGCACGGCAACAGUUCCGGGAGGUUAAGAAUGUUCGACAUCAAACAUAAUGGAUAAAACACUGGGGAAAAACAAGUUUUAAGUUUUUUUUAACCGUUGAGAAAGCGAAUAAUUUUAAUUUCUCCCGUUCGGACGUCUUUUCAGCCAAGGAUCAACUAUGAAGGUCGGUAGGCUCGGAGAAGAAGUCGGCCAGAAAGUCAAGUCUGCCAUUAAGGCAAAGCUAAUGGAACUAGGAAUUCAUAUAGACAAUGAACUCCCAGAUUAUGUUAUGGUUUUGGUUGCAAAUAAAAAGACGCAAAAACAAAUGGAAGAAGAUUUGCUUCUCUUUCUAGGGGAGAACACUAAACUAUUUACAAACUGGCUUCACGAAGUGCUAAAAAAACUAGAGAAAGUUACUAGCUCAGUUAAAACUUCGAAGAAGAAAAUGGAUGAAAAAAAAUCUAGAACUAGGCGAAGGUCCAUUGAUUUCGAUAGUGAUGAAAGCAGUAUUAAAAAAUUUAAAGCCGAUGAUAGUCAAGAACUCAGCGUCCAUUCUAAUGGAUCACAGUUGGCUUCUGACAAUGCAGCAAAAGGAGAUUCAUUAUCUGACUUAGAAUUGGAGUUUGAAGAGACUGCUAAAUCUAAUUACUUACCAAUGAUGAUGACAGCCUCUCAGAUUCCAGUCACAGAAAGCUUGAGGGCUUGCAGUGACAACCAGCAGGAAGAUAACGCUAUCUCCACUAAGGGGAGAGAUACCGCUCAAAUUGAAAAUACAAAACCAAGGGAAAGGAUUAAAAUUGUGUGGGAGGAGAGCGACAACAAGGACACGCAAAUGAAAUCGAAAAAAGAGAGGCCUCCUUCUCAGGGCAGCCGGAGGAGUAAAAGUAGAGAGAGGCACAAAGGAUGGAGACGGGAUUUUGAUGAUGACAAUGCAAAGAAAGAAUCUAAAUACAGAGGGAGGAGUAAAAGUCCAAAGUCCAAGAAAUUGAUAGAUGCAAGGGAUAUCUUGACAAAAAGAGGUGUUGAAAAGGUGUCUAAUGACAGGAGAAAAAGACAAGAAACAGGACCAACUUCUGUUAUUGAAAAACCAAAUCGGGAAAAUAAGGAGAAGGUUUUGAGUUCUGUGUUGAAAACGGUGUUCAGGGAGGCAGAAAAGGCACCUCCCACUGUGCCCAGCCUUGUUAAGGUCACGCCGAGACCAAUAAGGCCACCAAAUAUGCAACCAAGCUGCAAUCUGAUCCUCAGAGCAGUAGCUGAUGCUGAAAAAUCUAUUGCGACAUCAAAGAUUCACCAAAAAAUGAUUGAUCCUGUUAUUGAGGAAACAAAGCCUAGACGCCAUUUGGAAUAUGCCGUUAAAGGCAACAUUUCCGUUACUCUACUUAACGACAGAGUUUCAUCUAAUAAACCAGACCCAUUUCCAGAACCAAAUGACAAUUCACAGUUGUCUUUAGAAAGCAAUACCAAUAAUGAACUUGAAAAUAUGAAAACAGAAGACGAUUCCAUUUCUAUGGUUGUGGAUUCAGAGGAUUAUAUUGAAAGUUUGGACAGCCAGGAUUUAUUUCUCUCAAAGCAAAAAGCUAUUAAAAAUGGCACAAAUGGUGCAAAAAAGGAAAAGACGGAUAAAAGGUUUAUAAUUACUCUAGACAGUACAACUUCUGAUAAUGAGAUCGAAGGUGAUGUGGACAUGGGGAAAGUUGAACCCGAGCAAGAAGAGCCUGAACUUAAAGAAGUUCCAGAGGAAACUGUGAAAGAAGAAAAAUUUAAAAUACCGGUUAAACAACCUUUUGACCGUAGCAGACUAGGUCCUAAAGUCAACGAUCCGAUCAAUUUCCAUUCUACUUCUGAAUUGGAGAGUACGAGUGAAGAAAUGUCACCGAUGGAUAUAUCAGUAGCUGAUAGUGAAACUGUUGAAAGUUUAAAAAACAAGACUAGGUGUAAAUUCUGGCCAGAAUGCGACUCUGGAGAAUUAUGCCCUUUCUUUCACCCAACAACCCUCUGCAGGAUGUUUCCGUCUUGUGCUUUCGGUGACAAGUGCCUUUUCAUACACCCAGCUUGUAAAUUUGCAGACAAAUGUCUGAAUACAAACUGUCCUUAUACACAUACUUCAAUCACUCCUAAACCUAAAGUGCCUGUAAGAACUCCGUUGGCUCCAGUAAUGACAUCCAGCUCCCAAAUAUGUAUAUAUUAUCCUAAAUGUACAAAACCAUUCUGUCCUUUUCUUCAUGUUCCUAAGCCUUGUCGAUUUGGUUCAUCUUGCACAAAAGUUGGCUGCGAGUUUUCACACCCUGGCUCAAAAAAUCCUUAUAAAUGGGUUGCCAAUCAAUGACAAUUCUUAGAGUUAAUUUGAUGUAUUCAAGAGAGUUGACAAUCAAAUUGAUUGGAAACCUAUUCGAGUCUUGUUCUUUUUUUUAAAUCUAUUGAUUGAAAUAUAUUUGUAUAUAUAGGUCCGCACAGGGUCAGCCCGUCUCGUGUAGUAUUUAUUUGUAAAAACAACAAAUUUAUUAGGUUUGAAUAUUUGGCUUUUUUUGACUGCAAUUAAAUAAGAAUUUAGUAAAGUUCUCGUCAGUCAAAUAGUUUACUUUCUCAUGAGAAUUGUAAUUUUAUUGUUUUGUUUUAUUGCGUUUACAUAGAUUGAAUGUGUAUACUUAUAAAUGCAAUUUGAGAGUGGAUUCUUUAAAUGUAUAUAAGCCUUCAUCUCAAAAAUAAGUAUGAAUUUUUCCUUG